AUGCUCCUCCUCUUCCUCCAGCUGCUGGUGCUCCUGCCUCCAGGGGAGGCUGCAAGGGCCCCGGCCGGCGGCCAGAGGCAGAGCCCUGCUCCCCUGGUGCUCCUGGAAGGGAAUCACGGAGAGCGCCCCGUGGGCACCCACGAGGAGGCUGAGGAGAAGCCAGAUCUGUUCGUGGCUGUGCCACACCUGAUGGGUGCCAGCACCACGGGGACAGGCCAGCAGCAGCCAGAGAAGAUGCUGUUCAGGUUUGGCAGGUUCUGGAAGAAGCCUGAGAGAGAACUGCACCCAACCCAGGACCCGGUCAGUGAGCCCGUCCCACCCGGGGCCCAGGCCCUCGCUCAGCCUGAGGAUGGGCUGCAGGUAAAGAAGUCUCCUCUUCAGGAGGAAGCCAAGAAGUUCUGGCACCGCUUCAUGUUCAGAACGAGUCCCGCUUCUCAGGGGGUCAUCUUGCCCAUCAAGAGCCACGAAGUGCACCAGGAGACCUGUAGGACAGUGCCUUUCAGCCAGACUAUCACCCAUGAAGACUGCGAGGAAGUAGUUGUACAGAACAACCUUUGCUUUGGGAAAUGUGGGUCUGUUCGUUCUCCUGGAGCUGCACAGCACCCCCAUACCUUCUGCUUCCACUGCUGGCCUGCCAAGUUCACCACAAUGCACUUGCAGCUGAAGUGCUCAGGCCUUGCCCCCGUGGUGAAGGUGGUAAUGCUGGUGGAGGAGUGCCAAUGCAAGGUGAAGAUGGAGCACCACGAGCAUGGACACGUCCUCCAGGCAGGCUCCCAGGCAGAAUUUCAUGCUCAGGACCCCUUUAUCCCAGGGUUUUCAACUUAA